AUGUCCAGCACUAGUAGUUCACAACCACACGUUGAGAGGCAGCAGAAACCCUCGUGGGCAAGCUCCUUGGUCUCGGGAGCGAGCGCUGGUCUUGCUGUAGACAUAGGCCUCUACCCGGUUGAUACCAUCAAAACGCGAAUUCAGUCCAGGCAAGGUUUUUGGGCCACCGGAGGGUUCCGAGGAGUUUAUAGUGGCCUUGGGGCGGCGGCUUUGGGGUCGGCACCGGCGGCAGCGUUGUUCUUCCUUACAUAUGAGCAGGCGAAGGCUCGUUUGCCUGUUAAGGAAGGCUCUUUCCUCCUGCAUGGCUGUUCGGCUGCUAUGGCUGAGUGUGUGGCCUGUGCGGCGAGAGUUCCUACUGAUAUACUCAAACAGAAUCGACAGGCCGGGCAGUUUGGGACGUACAGGGAGGUGAUUUCGCACGUUUAUCGCAAUUUCGGCCUCCGGGGCUUCUUUACCGGUUAUGGGGCUACACUGGCGAGGGAAAUCCCCUUUGGAUUCAUAGAGUUCCCCAUAUGGGAAGAAUUGAAGGUGUAUGCAGCCAAGCUCCAGGGAAGGGAGGAGGUCACACCGUUUGGAGGUGCGAUAUGUGGGGCCAUCGCGGGGGGCAUUGCGGCUGCUAUUACUACACCGCUCGAUGUGGUCAAGACUAGGAGCAUGUUGAGUGUGAAGGGCGCUGAGGCUGGUGGGGCUACCUUCCUGAAAACCAUGAUGAGGAUUGUGAAGACCGAGGGGCCUGGGGCGUUGACCAGGGGCAUGCUGCCUCGAGUGAUUCAAGUGUCCUCCGGGGGUAUUAUAUUUUUCGGCGUGUAUGGUUGGGUGUCUGAGAUGAGCAAAGCUUUGGGCUCAAGAGCUUAG